GGGGGGAAGAUCCCCGUCAGGUGGACAGCGCCAGAGGCCAUUGCCUACCGUAAGUUCACCUCAGCCAGCGAUGUCUGGAGCUACGGCAUCGUCAUGUGGGAGGUGAUGUCAUUUGGGGAGAGACCCUACUGGGACAUGUCCAACCAAGAUGUCAUCAAUGCCAUUGAGCAGGAUUACCGGCUCCCACCGCCCAUGGACUGUCCUGCUGCCCUGCACCAGCUGAUGCUGGACUGCUGGCAGAAGGACCGCAACACCCGCCCACGCUUCACCGAGAUAGUCAACACCCUCGAUAAAAUGAUCCGCAACCCGGCAAGCCUCAAAACUGUGGCUACCAUCACCGCUGUGCCUUCUCAGCCCCUCCUCGACCGCUCCAUCCCUGACUUCACUGCCUUUACCUCAGUAGACGACUGGCUGAGUGCUGUGAAGAUGAGCCAGUACCGGGACAGCUUUCUGACCGCUGGCUUCACCUCGCUGCAGCUUGUUGCUCAGAUGACAUCAGAAGACCUCCUGAGAAUAGGGGUGACUUUGGCUGGGCACCAGAAGAAGAUCCUGAACAGUGUCCAGUCCAUGCGAGUACAGAUGAGUCAGUCUCCGACCUCGAUGGCAUGACGUCCCUUGUUCAACAGGGAGGGGACGGGGAGGGCACACAACGGAGGGGCAGAGGUGGGAGGGGAGGAACUGUUGGGUGCCGUGGGGCAGCAUUUGGAGAGGUGCCACCGCUGACUGGGGACUGUGACCACAGACGAAGGAUGUUCCUGAGAUUCAUCUCUAACUGGUGACUUCAGUUCCUCACCAACAGAAGCACACUUACCAAUGUCAUGAGGAACAGCGUAUAAAUACAUAUAAAUAUGUACAAAUCAUGUAUUUAAAAAACAAAACAAAA